CCAACAAGAUCCAGAGACUCACUCGAGACUUCUCCCUUCCUUCCUUCCGCCCCGCAGAAAAGAUCCCAACUUCGCCGGCGACAUGGCGCGCACCUCCUCGCAGUCGCAGUCCUCCGUGGCGGGCGCCGGCGGGGCCGGGUCCCGCCCGGCCACGGCGGGGCCCCGCGGCACGCCCGCCGCCACGGCCGGCAUGCGCCGCCGCCCGGGCCGCGCCUCCUCCUCUUCCUCCUCCGGCGCAGGCGGGGGCUUCUCGGGGGGCAACAACAUGCUGCGCUUCUACACCGACGAGGCCCCCGGGCUGCGCCUCUCCCCGACCAUGGUGCUCGUCAUGUCCCUCUGCUUCAUCGGCUUCGUCACCGCGCUCCACGUCUUCGGCAAGCUCUACCGCUCCCGCACCGCCGCCUCCUCCGCCUCCGCCUGAUCCCCCCUCCUUCCGCCCUUCUUCUUCCCCAGCUCAGCUCAGAUCAGAAUUACCAGAUCAGAUCAGAUCAGAUGCUUUUUGCUGUGUAACAAAACGAGAGAGAGAGAAGCUUAUGGUUGGUUGUUGUUUACCCUGAUGAUGGAUGAGCUAGAUCUGCCCGAGAAACCCUACCCUGUUUAAUUAUGCCGCCCUUUCCUGUUUGUUUCCAAUUACUUUGUUGUUGUUGUUGUUGUUGCAAUGAAUUGUGGCUAAUCAAUCGGUGCUUUUGGGCUGAACGACAUCAAAAGGUGUGUGAUUUCUGGGGAUUUAGCACAGUUUUGCAUCCUUGUGCUUGUGAGCUAGAACAAUUUAUUAUGCGUAUUGAUA